CGCCGGUCAGUUCCCAAUCCUCAUGUUGGGCUCGUCUCCUUCGUCGGGCUAAAGUCGCGGAGAAAAUGGCACUUUUUUCUGUCUCUACCAAGCGCCAUGACGUCCGGUGACACGACUGAGGCUGAGUUGUGUCAAAGGUUGGCGGAAAAUGAUUCACACAACGGCUCCAGUCACGUGUCCCUCGCUCCGACGACUGCACACACCAACCCGGCAACUGUUGUGCACACUGAGGCCACCACCGACUGA